AUGUCGCAAGCGAACGGCAGGCCCGUCAACGGGCACCCACGAAGCCCAGCUCGAACGGCCAAGAGGGACGACGACCAGACCGACGAGAACAUCUUCCUCUUCGUCCCCAACCUGAUCGGCUACUCCCGCGUCGUCCUCGCCCUCGCCUCCCUCUACUUCAUGCCCCUCCACCCCCGCCGCUGCAGCUUCCUCUACUCCGUCUCCUGCCUCCUCGAUGCCCUCGACGGCUGGGCCGCGCGCAAGUUCAAGCAGUCGACCCGCUUCGGCGCCGUCCUCGACAUGAUCACGGACCGCUGCACGACAACCUGCUUGCUCGUCUUCUUAGCGACCGCGAAACCAGCGUAUAGCAUGAUCUUCCAGGGUCUGAUCAGCUUGGACUUUGCGAGCCACUACAUGCACAUGUACGCGACGUUGUGUAUGGGCGGGCAGUCGGAGAGUCAUAAGAAUGUUAGUGCGGAGAGGUCAUGGGUUAUGAACUUGUACUAUACGAAUAAGACCGUCCUCUUCGUCGCCUGCGCCCUCAACGAACUCUUCUUCAUCGCCCUCUACCUCCUCUGCUUCAGCUCUCCCCUCAUCACACCAGCUCUCCUCCCCACCAACGGCAGCCCCGGAAACCUCACCUCCCCCGUCGGCAGCUCGCCCGUCGAACCCUUCGCCCCGGCGCCAUCCCUCCUCUUUCCAAGCCCCUUCUCCGCGGCAGCGAUGGAGAUGGCGCGCGCGAACAAGAUGGACAGCACAGUACCCUGGAUUUUGACGGUUGCGUGUGCGCCGGUGAUGAUCUUCAAGCAGGUCGUCAAUGUGAUACAACUGAUCAACGCAAGUCAGUGGUUGGCUGAGGGGGAUAGGAGGGACAGGAGGAAGGCGGGCUUGGACAGCAGGAAGAAGAGGAGGUGA